AUGCCCCGUUCUUUUUUGGUGAAGAAAAUCAAGCUUGAUGAUUUCUCAUCGUCUGCCGUGGCCGCCUCCAAUCACCACCACCUGGACGACUCGUACACUUUUGCGCGCUCCAUCACAGACUCUGUGACCAGCUUGGGUGUCCGACUAAGUGAAAAUGGCUACAUCCAGGACUACAUCACGCCGUCGGUGUACCAGGGCGAGAGUAAGAUGGAGCUGAAGCUGGCGUCGGCGGUGUCCGAGCCGCUGUACUCUCAGGUGAGCGCCCCCGGGGGGGAGGAGGAGUACUGCGACCCCGACAUGGAGCGUCCGGACAGCCCCCAGUCCGGCAUGACCGCCACGGGCUUCUACAGCGGCGAGGCUGAGGCCCUGACGGAGGGCUACACCAUGGACGCCUUCUUCAUCUCCGACGGCCGCUCCCGGCGGAAAGGCGAGGGCGGAGCCCGCGCGGGCGAGGUCAAAGGUCGCAGCCCGGGCGACGGGGAGGCGCCCGAGACGGGCCAGGCGGGCGGGGCGGCGCGCCACACCUGCAACGAGUGCGGCAAGACCUACGCCACCUCCUCCAACCUCAGCCGGCACAAGCAGACGCACCGCAGCCUGGACAGCAAGAUGGCGCGCAAGUGCCCCACCUGCGACAAGGUGUACGUGUCCAUGCCGGCGCUGGCCAUGCACGUGCUGACGCACGACCUCAAGCACAAGUGCGGCGUGUGCAGCAAGGCCUUCAGCCGGCCCUGGCUGCUGCAGGGCCACAUGCGCUCGCACACGGGCGAGAAGCCCUUCGCCUGCGCCCACUGCGGCAAGGCCUUCGCCGACCGGUCCAACCUGCGCGCCCACAUGCAGACGCACUCGGCCUUCAAGCACUACCGCUGCAAGCGCUGCAACAAGACCUUCGCCCUCAAGUCCUACCUGAACAAGCACUACGAGUCGGCCUGCUUCAAGGGCUCCGCCGACGAGGACGACUCCGGGUCCGAGGACUAG